AUGGCAGGAGAAGAAGUAGAUUUGAUACAAAGAGAGGUGUUGGACAAGCAUGCCAAGAACUUCCCUCCAGCAUACUUGGAUGUUGUUGGUCACUGUGAUCCUUCAACACUUACUUGUGCCCCACUUCUGUUGAGAUAUCCAUGGGAGAUACUAUUUGGAAAUGUAAGCAAAGGGACUAUCACAGUUGCUGGAGAUGCCAUGCACCCUAUGACACCUGAUCUAGGCCAAGGUGGUUGUUCUGCCUUAGAGGAUGCAGUUGCCUUAGGCCGAAACAUUGGCGAAUCCUGCAUUCGAAAUGGCAAGUUUGUCCCUGAAGACGCCAACAAGGCCAUAGACGGCUACGUGAAGGAGCGGAGAUGGCGUGCAGCCGAGUUGAUCACUGCUUCAUAUCUCUCAGGCUGGGUACUGCAACAAUAUGGGUCUGGAUGGUGGAUGCAGUUCAUUAGAGAUAUGAUACACUAUAGAUUUCUCUCCAAGAAGAUCAAGGAUGUUAUUCGUUAUGACUGUGGAACCCUGCCUAAGCCCUCAUCCUGCUCCACUGAAUCAGAGAUAACCAACCACACUAAUGCUUGACUCUCAGAUUCUUUGUGUGCAACAUUUUCAUGAAUUUUCUAUACAUUUUAAACUUUUUCACUAGUCACUUUUGCAUUUUAUUUUGCAUGCAAUUACUUCUUCUCCUUAAAAUUGUAUUGGGCAAAUUAUAAUAGAGUGUACCACUUAUGUAAAUUUGAUCCUGUAAUUUCGUUAGCAAUAAUUUUUCUGUUAAUAUUUUCUUUUUAAAGAAUAGUCACAUCUAUUUGGGAAAAUGGA